AUGCAUACAAACGCCGCCAAACUUGGCGCUGUCCUCAUGACAGCGCUUACAUCCGCAACAGAUGUUCCUAGCACAGGCUUGACACCCCUCCGACAACUUGCACAGAAGACAAAUUUCCUCAUCGGAUCCGGAGCGAUCAACCCCGACUAUCUCAAAGAUCCCCAAUUCGCAACAGUCCUCGCCAGAGAAUUCGACAGCCUAUCUCCCGAAAACGAGCUCAAAUGGACCUUCGUAAACCCAACACCCGAAAACUACAACUGGACCGGCCUAGACGCCCUCGUGCACUUCGCAGAACAGAACGACAUGGUCGUCAAAGGCCACGGUCUCAUCUCCAGCUGCUGCAACCCGGAACACGUCCUCGACAUCACUUCUCCCGCAGCUCUCAACGCUACCUUGACAUCUCACUUCCAGGCCAUCAUGCAUCGCUACGCAGGUAAGAUGGACCGCUGGGACGUUGUCACAGAAGCUCUUACAGUGCAGACGGGGACCGAGGAAGGGCCGGGCGGACUUCAGAAGAAUUUCUUCUAUAACGUUUCUGGGCCUGGGUACAUCGCAGACGCAUUCCGUAUCGCUCGCGCAGCAGACGCCGACGCCCGUCUUUUCAUCAACGAGAACCAGGUCGAAGCGUAUCCAGGCAAGCGUCAAGACCUCUACAACUUGGUUGCCGCACUGGUCGCGGAUCAUGUUCCGAUCGAUGGAGUUGCGCUGCAGAUGCAUAUUACCGAGGUCGCACCAGUGCCAGGCGUGAUCAAGGCCAUGGUGGAGUCGUACCGUGCACUGGGUCUGGAAGUGACUGUGGCGGAAUUGGACGUUCACACGCUGAAUGCUACGAAGGCAGCGGAGAUAUAUGGCGCCGUUUCGCGGGAGGUCCUAGAUGCUGGGGUUACGGAUAUCAGCUUUUGGGGGUUCACGGAUAAGCAUGCUUAUACUUGGAUUCCUGGUGCGAAGCCGUUGAUGUUUGAUGAGCAAUAUCAUGCUAAGGCUUCGUACAAUGCGACUCACGCUGCUUUCGUGGAGGAGAUUGGUGGCAAGUAG